CUGAAAACUCACACAGAAGAGAAACGUUGCAAGUGUUCUUCUUGUUGAAAGAGUUUUACACGCCUGGACUAUUUUAAAGAGUACGAGAAAAUACAUACCAGUGUGGGAGCUCAUAUGUGCUUUGAAUGUGGAAAGAUCUUUACUACAGCCAGCAACUUGAAUCAGCACCAAAGAAUUCAUACUGGAAAGAAACCAUACAAGUGCUCACACUGUGGAAAGAGUUUCAGUAAGUCACAAAACCUGAAAGCACACGAGAGAAUUCAUACUGGAGAAAAACAUUACAUGUGCUCACACUGUGAAAAGAGUUUCACACAGUCACAAAACCUGAAAAGACAUGAGAGAACUCAUACUGGAGAGAAACCAUACAAGUGCUCACACUGUGGAAAGCAUUUCACUCUGUCACAAAACAUGAAAACACAUGAGAGAAUUCAUAUUGGAGAAAAACCAUACGAGUGCUCACUGUGGAAAGAGUUUCACUUGUUCAAAAAGCUUAAAACACAUGAGAGAAUUCACUCUGGAGAGAAACCAUACCACUGCUCUUCAUGUGAGAAAAGUUUCAUCUCAUUAAGUACUUUACAGAAACAUGAAAAAAAGAUUUGCCCACGUAGUCACAGUGAGCAAGAAUAAUCUUCUGGUCCAAUUAUAUCAAGUAAAUAUUGAUAAUAAAUCCAAAUAUGGAAUUUCACUAUAAAAAAAUUAUUUUGACAUUUAGUUGUAUCAAGGUGAUAUUUUUGGAUACUGCCCUCAUGUAAAACAUAAAAAAUGGCAAAACAUCUAUUGCUAAACACUCAUGCAUGGUGAACAUAUGCAAGUUUGCAUCUUUACUAUGACUAUUGACUAAUGUGGACUUGCUUGCAAAAGUGAUCUGUCCACAUAUAACCUGCAAUUUCAACAACAAAAUAAUCAGAUUUGAGGAAAAAAAUCUGUUUUUUCCUGAUGUGUGAACAAAGCAUAUGUGACUCCUAACCAAACUAUUGCGUGUGCAGCCGUGUCUUAAAAUGAGACCAUCCUGCAGUGCAACGAAUGCAGAGCUAACAUGACAUGAAAGUUAGCAUCACUGAAUACUAACUAUACCAGUGGAUUUUUGGAGGGGCAAGUGAUAGAGAAUUUUACUUUUAAGGGCAGACUUUUUCUUGGCACCUACAUAAAAUCUAGAGGUUUUCAAGAGAUUUUGUAGGUGUAGUGAGAUUUCUACUACACCUUCCAGAGGUGUAUAGUUGUG